CAACGCCGGGAAAUGUUUAUUUGCCAUUGUUCAGCAACAAGACGCGACGCACAGGAUCCUAGAAGGGGCCCUACACUAACUAUGUACUCAUAUUUCUUGUCCAAAAAAGAGGGGCUGUUAGUAAUUUUACGGCUCUUGGGUCAUAGUUGAGGGGUAAAUUAAAUACGCGUUUUUUCAUAUGUCCCCGUGGUAUUUAGUUGCCCCGCUGAAGGGGGUGAAGUCUGGGUCCAAACAUAAUAAUCAUAUUCGCUCUCGGCGAUUAGACAGGUAGAGGGAAAUCCGGACCAGAACCAGUCUCUUAAUCCUGCUACAUUUCCGCGGAAUACUUGCAAAUCUUCUGGCAAAGUUAUUCAAAACAUUCUGGACGAUGCAUAAAACCGCAUAAAAUUCUCACGGCUGUUUAAACGAUAAAAUAGCGUGAAUUUUACAACUGGUACCGGUCGGGAUCCUUUCUUUUUCGCCCCGAGCCGAGAUCGAAUAGGAUCUAAAACGUACCAUCCUCUUCUCCCUAAAAAUGUUAAAAGUGACGUAUAUACGUCCAUACAAUGUCCUUCCGCUUGGUCCGAGCGCCCCCCCCCCCCCCUCCACACACACCACGGGAGGCAGCGCAGCCCAGGCACACGCAUUGUGCUGCGUUGACGUGUCGUCUCGGGCGGGCCGGGUUGAGUUAUUUGCUGCGCUAAGCGAGUGGAUCGGCGGGACUUGGCGAGCCGUAUGAGAACUGUGAGUAGAAGGUAACCAGUGACGACGCCCUGGACCGGACUCACUAGUCUCCAGAUAAACAACUUCGCGACGCUCCGCGACCACCGGCCUGAGCAUGGAGUGCGGCAUCUGCAUGGAGGUUUACGACGGCGUGCAGCGGCUGCCCAAGGUGCUGCCGUGCGGGCACACGGCCUGCCUGCAGUGCCUGCGGCGGCUGCCCGACAACUGCUGCACUACGUGCCGCCGGCACUUCACUGGGCCGCCAGAGGGACUCCCCACCAACUUCUUGGCGCUGCAGGAGCAGAAGGAGGCCAGACUCGACAGCACUCCCCGCUGCUGGUGCUCGGACUGCCGCACUGCCCCGUCGCCCCGCUGCUGGGAUGAGGACCACGACGUCCUGCCCGUCAAGAGAGCCCUGAGGCGCCAGCUGCAGGGCGCGCUGCCUCAGGCCGCCGAGCAGCUCCAGGGCCUUCAGGACCAGUGCCGGGAGGAGCAGGCCCUGCCCGCCCUCACUCUGCUGGCCGGCGAGUCCUGGGACGUGUCGCUGAGGGGUGGGGGUCGCGAACUGACGGGCACCGUGCGGAACACCGAGGAGCCCCUCACCAAGGCACUCUGCCUCCUGCUGGCGGCGAGGGCUGCGCUCACCGAGAACCGAGCUGCUGCACGGGAUCUACCGACUACAGCUGCUCCCAGACCACCUGCAGAUGCACCCUCACCACCUGCAGCUGCACCCUCACCACCUGCAGCUGCAGCCACACCCGCUGCAGCCCCCCUUGCCGCCCGGGACCCACCACCUGCCGAGGCGCUGCCCCCGCGGGAGAUGGAUGUGUUAAUUAUCAGCGGCAGUGGGCCCGACUACAAGCAGCAGGAGAAGGCCGCCGCCUUGCAAGACGCGCCAGGGGUGACCCGGCUGAUCAGGGUGUACUGCCACAGGGACCCCGCCUGGAGCCUCCAGCUGCUGCAGCGCGCCGCACCCACGCUGGAGCGGCUGAGUGUGUCCUGCCCCCGCGAGGCUCACCUGCGCGCGGUGCACGCCAUGCCGCGGCUGAGGAGGCUGGACGUGGUGGGUGAUACUGACCUGCUCGCCCAGCCCCCUGAGCUGCCCGCACUGCCGCCGGAACACGCCGGCCUGCAGUGGCUCAGGGUGGAGCGACUCCCCCGCGCCACGACACUGUCCCUGCUGCGGGCGCACGGCGGCACGCUGGAGGUGCUGGAGCUGGUGGUGGGCACGCCGUGGAGUAAUGAGAGGCCAGAGAGCUGCGGCGCCCUGCACUCGCUGCUGCAGCAGAGCGGGCUGCAGGCGCUCAGGAGGCUCCUGCUGUUGAGGGGAGGGCACAGCCACGAGCCAGCCGCCUGCAGGCAGCAGCGCGCCGAGGUGCGGCGGGUGCUGCACGGGGCCGAGGUGCUGUGCGGCCUGUGUGACCUUGCGGAGUAUGAAGAGGCCUAGGGGCGGCAAGCCUACAUACCCUUAUUUCCAUUUUUGGUAUCAUUUUCAUUAUUUUGUGUAUGGGACAUUACUUUGGACUUGCAAUAAAAGCUUUGGUUAUCGUAAAA